GGUUCUGACGCAUUACAAAAUUGUUGUGACCGUGAGUUUUUCUAGAAAUAAACAAAUUGCGUCAUAAAAAACACCAAAGAGGAAAACACAAAAUCAAGUUUGGAAGUUUUAAUAAUAUUAAACUUCCAGUUAUUCUUUUCAUUUGUAACUUUGAACACUAAUUUUUUUAUAAUCACUAUGUCGAUAUUUACCCCAACGAACCAGAUUAGGUUAACAAACGUUGCUGUUGUGCGUAUGAAAAAAGGGGGUAAACGUUUUGAAAUAGCAUGUUAUAAAAACAAAGUUAUGUCGUGGAGAAAUAAAGUUGAAAAAGACAUUGAUGAAGUUCUGCAGACACACGUUGUUUUCACCAAUGUUUCCAAAGGACAAGCAGCCAAAAAGGAGGAUCUUAUAAAGUGUUUUGGAAAGGACAAUCAAACAGAAAUUUGUGAAGAAAUAUUAGCUAAAGGUGAACUUCAAAUUUCUGAAAAAGAAAGAUCAGUCCAACUAGAGUCCAUGUUUAAAGAUGUUGCGACUAUAGUUGCUGAUAAAUGUAUUAAUCCAGACACAAAAAGGCCUUAUCCUAUGAGUAUAAUUGAGAAAUCUAUGAAGGAAAUUCAUAUAUCCUUGAAACCCAACAAAAACUCAAAACAACAGGCUUUAGAAGUUAUUAAGAAAUUGGAAGAUGUGAUGCCUAUAGCACGAUCGCAGAUGAAAUUACGUGUUUCAAUACCUGGUGGGAAAAGCUACAGAAAUAAAUUGAAGGACCUAGCUGCAUCUGUAGAAUCUCAAAAUACGGAUGAUGGUAACUUACAGAUGGUGAUUCUUAUUGAUCCAGGAAAUUUUCGUAAAGUAGAUGAAAUUGUUACAAGUGAAACUAAGGGAAAAGGCCAACUGGAAGUAAUCAGCUUAAAAGAAAUGCAAGAAGGUGAUGAAGCCUUGGAAUAAUUGUCUCAUACUCCUUGUUGAUGUUAUUUAUUUUUUUGUUUAAUAAUCAAAUUUUAACAUAUUUUAUGUAAAUAAAAAUUGAUUUUAAUUGCA